AUGUUUUCUAGUUCUCAAGAUAUAUUAGAAGUGAUCCUAAAGCCCCAAUUCAAAAGCAAAUCAAGCAGCUGACUCCAAUCAGCCAGCAAAAAUGAGAUAAAAGGCUUAAAAUUAAUCGGUGCAAUUUUCACUCACAAAGGCAAAAAGAAAUUCAAAACACGUUCAGACAGCCAUCGAGCUUCUCUACCUAACAUAAACUCUUAUGAAUCAGAGCUCAGAAAACGUCAACUCCAAUCAACUUAUGAGCUUGAAUUCGGAGGUUCCAAAGCCUAUCACGAAACAAAUAUAUUUUCCUAUAGAAAGUUAUCAGAUAUCUCAGCAAGUGAUAUAUUAACCCCAGUCACUGUUAUGUUUAUUGAAAAUUGGGUUGAGCUUAAAGACGACAUUGUAUACCAAAACUUAAUUUUGCAAUGUUUGAGAUCUUUGAAUGCUUAAUUACUUACUUAGUUACUUAGGUAUUUAAGGUGUCUUGAUUUCUUCAGUAGGAUGAUUUAGGCAUGCUUAGGCCCAUCCUUUUAACUCCCAACUGGUGACGUCACCAAGCAAUCUUGGACCGGUUAGCCCUACAAAGCCAUUCUAUAAAGUUCCGCCCUCAGCUGGGCCAGAAAUCCCGCACCGGCAGCGUUGCCUCGCCCGAACUUGACUCCUGCGCGUGUUCCGCCUAAGGGUCACCCUCCUUGGGUGUGUCAAGCAGAAAAUUCAGGUGUCCUUAGCUUCCUGGACCAAUUGAAUACCCUAUGCGGUAUUCCAUAUUGGUGUUGCUGAUAAAAGGCCACGUGGAAAACUGAACUCCAUAAUAAUAAAAGCGAGGGAAAGAAUAGUUCUCGGAGAGAACUAAUUCCGCACUGAACCAUUUUAUUAUUAUGAGAUCUUUGAAUGCAGUUUUCAAAUCCAAUGAAACUGGCAGAACAGAAACCCAAGCGUCGUAUAGAUGAAAUGAUCCAUCAAAAAAUUUUACGUCUCAUAGAUUAGACCAAGUAAGCACAGCAUUAAUAGGCCAAAGGACUACUGAGCAUAAAGCAUGGUCGAGACCUCAAACUACUCAAGCUGUAGAUACAAAUAUUAAUCCUUUGACUUUUACAAAAGAAGACUUAAAGAAAAGAAAACAAGCUCUAAUACAAGGGAGUGGGGUUGUAGGUAAAUGGGUAGUUAUUCCUGUGAAUCCAAAUAUUACGAAUUAUCAAGAAACUUUUACAACUCAUUUUAACAAAUAUCAAAGGGCGCCACCUCCUGAUUUUCACACUUCGAUUUCUGGAGGGAAAUUAUGUCCUGACCCAGAGACAAUUCGAAGAUAUAAUUCAGUUAAAUCAUUUAGAUAA